GCCGUCUCCAUCAGUCUCCAUCUCGAGAAAGCCUUCUGCGAUGUUCCCAUGUUUCUUAAAAGGCUUGAGAGUCUGCUAAUCUCUCUGCCUUUGUCUCGACCUCACCGUAUUCGUCACAACCACAUCCCUCGUAAUCUACUAAACUCCUCGUGUUCAAAUCCCUGGCGCAGACUCGGAUGUGGUUCCUUGAAAUAUCCUCUCUCGGAACGUAUUGCUCAUGGUAAAUUUGCAUCGACAUGGAUGCCGAAGGAAUGGAUGCUCGCGGGCGCCUUUGGGAUCCAACCCACGUCCGAGGCGCCGUCAGGCUUGCUGGCCCUGUCCGUGAUCGUUGGACUUCCUCUCGCUUUAUGGACGUACAAGUGCAUCAUGAUGUACGUCUUCCAGCGGAAGAUCAUCUACAUGGGGUAUGUGCCAAUGGGUGCUAGAUCUGAAGCUCUGCAUGAAGAUGUACGCGUCCCAAAAGGGAUCGUAUGCCAUGAGAUCAGGAUUCCUAGCGACAAAAGAGUGACGCUAUCGGGCAUUCUCGUACACCGAGAGAACGCCCAUCGUAUCACGCACCACCCUGAAACUGUCAUCGUUUAUUUCCAAGGCAAUGCCGGCAACCCUCUGAACCGCCUCCCCAUCUUUGAUUCGCUACUCUCCGCGAUACCUUCCGCGACCAUCCUCGCCGUAGCGCCCCGUUCAUACUGGACGUCGUCCAUGCGCACCCCUACGCAGUCUGGUCUCACGCAAGACUACACCCGCGUGUUGACCUAUGCAGCCGACCGCUUCCCCAACUCAAACCUCGUCGUCUACGGGCACUCCCUCGGAGGCGCCAUAGCCCCCUGCGUCCUCGCCCAGAUCCCGUCCACACAGCUGCCCCGCGUGCGCGGCCUAGUCCUCGAGAACCCCUUCUCGUCCGUCCCCGCCAUGCUCCGCGCACUCUACCCGCAAAAGUGGCUGCCGUAUCACCACAUGGGCCCGCUCGUGUGGGAUAGGUGGGACGCGCUGCGCGCAGUCGAGGCGCCGCCGGAGGGCUCGGUGCUGCGGAGCGUGCUGGGAAGGACGGCGGUGUUCGUGAGCGAAAGGGACGAGGUCGUGCCGCCGGAGAUGGGGCGCGAUAUCUUCGCGAGGUGUCAGGGCUCGAUGAAGGGAGAAGUGGGUGUCGAUCUAGGGAGGUUGGUUGUGGUGAAUGGGGCGCUGCAUGAGGAUGCAUGGAAGAAGCGGCAGUGGACGUUAGAGAUGAAAGCGUACAUUCAAGCAAUCGAGAGGAUCUCGCGCAUCGGAGAGGGGGAUUCUGACCCGAAGAAAUGAUCGCGCUAAAUCGGAACAAAAAAAAUAAUGAAUCAAGUUUAUUUAUGGACUUCAACCCUUCCUCAUCGACGACCUUCCACUUGAGGAACAUCUCUGCCAACUUUGCCCACCUCCCCUCGUCUGCGGCCAUCAGCUCUGUCCACUCCUUGGAACCAGUCCCCAACACAUCCUCGAGCCAUAACAAGCUUGCAUAGAAGGAGACGUCUGCGAACGAGGGUGUGUCACCCAUGACGAAAACGGUCCCUUUGCUGUUCUCCUGCAACCAGCCAUCGAUCUCCGUAAGCCCCUUCCGUGCGAUACCCCACAGCGCGGUUCGAGCUUCACCCUGCGGCGUAUACUGUUCGAGCGUCUUCUCAAACAAAGCCUCUCGCGUACAUUAGAAGAACUCCGCGCUAGGAGGAUUGAGCUUCAGUGUGCUGGGCAGCGC